AAGCUCCAUCGAGCGAGCGUCUGAACGAUGGCCGCCACAACGACGCUUCGGUCGGCUCAGCUGCAAUGUCUGCACACAUUGUUGAAUCUCAACACGCCGGUCGCUCCGCCGAAAGCUGGCACCUCACAGAAUCAAGAGGCCGACUUGACACUGCCGACCGGGCCCCCAGUCUGGAAGGUCCUCAUCCUGGACAAGACUAGCCAGGAGAUUCUGGCGACGAGCAUGCGCGUGCAGGAUCUCAGAGAUGCAGGUGUGACUGUGCACAUGCAACUCCACUCCGAUCGGCCCCCAUUGCCAGAUGUUCCUGCUGUGUACUUUAUCGAGCCGACGAGCGAAAAUCUGAAGCGAGUGGCCGAUGAUCUGUCGAAGUCGCUGUACGAGACUACCUAUCUCAACUUGACGUCGACGCUUCCGCGGCCGCUGCUUGAAGAGUUCGCCGCUCGGGUCGCACGGGAUGGCACCUCUGGCAUGGUUGCGCAGAUUUUUGAUCAGUACCUCGAUUACAUCGUGCUUGAGCCCAGCUUGUUUUCGCUCCUACCUGGCCCGCCGUCCGCUUCAUCUGCACCUGUGCUCAAUGGCACUGGAGAAAAGAAUGGUGGCACGUCCGAGAAAGGCUCCGCAAAACCGCCAACAGCAAUGACGACAACUUACGAGAGGCUCAACGACCCAAAGAGUGGCGAAAGAGAAAUCGAAGAAGAGACAGAGAGAAUCGCGAAGGGCCUCUUCUCGGCCAUGGCGACUUUGGGGAGCCUGCCGGUGAUUCGAUGCCCCAAGGGCAAUGCAGCUGAAAUGGUCGCAAGAAAAUUAGAGAGUAAGAUCAAGGAGCACACGGCCUCGGCUCGGGGGUCAAGCCAUCUCUUUUCUGGAGGCGAGGGGAGCAAUGCGUGGUCAAGUAACCGACCCCUGUUGAUCCUGCUCGAUCGAAAUGUUGACCUCGUCCCGAUGCUCUCGCAUUCCUGGACGUACCAAGCAUUGGUGCACGACGUGAUGGAUAUGAAGCUCAACCGUGUCACCGUCGAUACGACCGAGGGGGGCAAAGCGCAGAAACGAAACUACGAUCUGGACUCCAAGGACUUUUUCUGGGCCAAGAAUGCUGCCACGCCCUUCCCCCAAGUGGCCGAGGACAUCGACGCCGAGUUGAACAGAUACAAGUCUGAUGCAGCCGAGAUCACCAGAUCGACUGGUAUCAGCAGCAUGGACGACGUUGGGCAACUAGACCUAUCGUCAAAUGCAUCCCAUCUCAAAGCAGCCAUCACGGCGCUUCCAGAGCUGACGGCACGGAAGCAAACGAUAGAUGCGCACAUGAACAUUGCCACUGCGCUGCUCCAGGGCAUCAAGUCGCGAGGUCUAGACACCCUCUUUCAGCUCGAGGAAGCCAUCACGAGGCAGAACAAGGCAACCAUCUUGGAUACGAUCAAGGAUACCAAUCUCGAGUCUGCCGAAGACAAGCUGCGGCUCUUUAUCAUCUACUACCUUUCCGCUCCAGACUCAGCCUUUGCCAGUCGAUCGGAUCUCGAGGAGUGCGAGAAGCUGCUCAAGGAGCAAGGAGCCAACCUUGGGGCGCUAGAAUAUGUCAAGAAGGUUCGCGAGCUCACAAGAAUGACGAUGCUCGCGUCCGCUCCGGCGCCCCAACCGUCAGGGGGAGGGGAGUUGUUCCGCGGUUUCAGCUCGCUGAGCAGUCGACUCACGGACCGGCUGAAGGACAGCGGUCUCGACAAUCUUGUCUCGGGCGUCAAGAACUUCCUGCCGGCGCAGAAGGAUCUCACAGUGACUCGGCUCGUGGCAUCGCUCUUGGACCCUUCUUCGGCGUCCACGCAGGCGCUGCAAGAAACCGACGACUGGCUCUUGCUCGACGUUCAGGCCCGGAGAGGCGGUCGAGCCGGCCCCACCACCGUGGCGGGAUCCCAGCAGAGUGCCGCGAGUAUGGCGGGUAAAAAAGACGCAAUCGUCUUUGUCGUCGGUGGCGGAAGCUACGUCGAGUAUGCAAACCUGCAAGAGUAUGCGAUGCGCACGGCGGGGCAUGGUGGGGGUGUCGUCGGAUCGGCAGGGCAGGGGAGGAGGAUCACAUAUGGCAGUACAGAGAUUCUGACCCCCCAAGCCUUUGUGAAGGCUCUCGAGAAGCUCGCAGGGUGAUGGCUAUCAAUGACAAUCCUAUAGUUCUCAUUAUUUUCCGUGUGUCCACGGCUUCCAAUGCUCAGACGAGGGUAAAGGGCACGGGACAUGGCAAAAUGGGGGAAUAUCGCA